CUUUUGCGUCCUGCCGCAAUAACGGUACCUCUGUUGAUCUCCGCUCAAAAACAGCCCACUCUACAGCCAGUCAGCUUGCUACUUAGACAUUGGCUAGGUGCCUCCAGUGCGUCAAGUCCGUUUCGGUUUAGCAAAAUAGGCACAAGGUUCAUCCGAUGGCUGCCCCGACGCUACCAGCGGUUCGGGGUUUCGCGGCUCGCGGUUGGUUGGAGAGACUCGGCACAUGGUGGGGUUGACUGUUGAUUUUGACGCGAACUGACAAGUCGUCAAAUGUUUACAUUGCGACUCCGAUCACGGUAUUUGAGAUUUAGUCUCAUACUAGCCCGAACAACAUUGUCCACUUUCUUUGUUGACAGUGUGAAAGCAGAGGAAAUUAAAGGCUGGAUUUGUCAAUGCGCACACACACAGCAGGCAAAAGGAAGAUACUAGACAGUCAGUCAGUCAGUCAGGCAGCAAACGUCAAAAUGCCGAACCCCACCAAAGACCUACACACGGUAGACGAGACUUCUUUUCCAUACAUUUUCGAGCAGAACGCCACCGUUCAGCUCAAAACCUGCGAGGGACUCAUCCGCUGCAAUGUCUACCGACCCAAGAACUCUGGCCCUGCACCGGUUUUGGUGACCUACGGCCCCUACGGCAAAGAUAUUCAUUAUCAGGACUUUCACUCCAAGUCAUACGCCGAGGUCAAUCCCAACCACAAGUCCGACCACUCAGCUUGGGAGACCCCCGAUCCGAAGUUCUGGACCAGCCAUGGCUAUGUUGUGGUGCGCGCCGAUGAACGCGGCCUUGGCCAGUCCCCCGGAGUUCUCGACACCAUGUCCCGAGGCACCUCGGACGCCUUCUGCGAGCUGAUCGAAUGGGCCGCCGACCAGCCAUGGUCCUCGGGCAAGAUUGGCCUGUUGGGUAUCAGCUACUACGCUGGCAGUCAAUGGCGUGUCGCUGCUCGAAAGCCCAAGGGCCUGGCUGCCAUGGUUCCCUGGGAAGGAAUGUCCGACUAUUAUCGCGACCGCUGCCGUCACGGCGGUAUCUUGUCAAACGCAUUCAUCAAGUUUUGGUGGAAUCGCCAAGUCAUUACGAACCAGUACGGCAGGCCAGGCCGUAGCGCGAGCAACUGGGGGCCAGAUACCAUCGAGGGCGACCUGCCGGCUGACGAACUCGAGCGAAACCGCAACGAUCAAACCAUCGACAACCAAAAACACCGCUUCCGGGAUGAGGAGUACUACGCCUCUAAGGAGUAUGACAUGGGUGACAUUGAGGUUCCACUGCUGUCGGUCGGUAACUGGGGCGGAAUACUUUUGCACCUGAGAGGAAAUAUCGAAGGAUACAUGCAAGCAAACUCCGAGUUCAAGUACCUGCGUAUGAUUACUGGUCGUCAUGAUCUCCCAUUCUAUUAUGACGAGGAAGUGGAGAUCCAACGUUCGUUCCUCGAUGCAUUUCUCAAGGGCGAGGAUCGCGUGGGCUGGGCCACCAAAGGCAAACUUCCGUCUGUUGAUCUGGUAAUGCGAAAGGGUAAUGUUGGCUUCAACGACGCGCAGGCUGAGAGGGCCUACACGCGCCGCACCGAGUCCCAGUGGCCCCCCGCUAGCACCGUGUAUACAACAUAUCACUGCCACCCAGAUGGUGGCCUGUCCACUACAGCACCUUCACUCUCAAGACGCACAAAACUUUCAUACCGCGCAUUGGGCACACUGGCCAAUCCUUCCUUUGUCUCCUUUUCAACUCCCAAGUUUGAGACCGAGACUGAAAUCACGGGUCACCCUCGCGCACGUCUCUCGGUCUCAGUCACACCCGACGCUGCGGGACCAACGCCCUCGGAAAUUGACCUGUUCAUAACCCUGCGGUAUAUUGGCCCUGAUGACAAGGAAGUAUUCUAUACAGGUACAGCUGGAGACCCUGUGCCACUGUGCAAGGGUUGGCUACGAGUGUCUCUCCGCAAGGUCAAUGAGUCCCACCGCAAGCAUCGCGCUUACCUACCCCACAGGGAAUACACAAGUGCCGACGUACUUCCCGUAAUUCCUGGAGAGGUCUAUACGGUCGAUGUUGAAGUCUGGCCUACCAAUGUGAUUGUGGAAAAAGGGGGUCGGGUCGUGUUGGAGGUGGCUUCUGGCGACACACAGGGGUCAGGCAUCUUCUUGCAUGACGACCCAGUCGACCGGGCGGUGGAGAAGUUGCAGGGUGUAAACAACAUCAACUUUGGGCAGGGUCUGGACAACUAUCUUGUUCUUCCUGUAAUUCCAUAGUAAGCUAGUAGGUAGGAAUCUUACGUGGUUGGUUGGUUGACUGAGGUGAUCCACUACCUUAUGCCACGUUCACUUUCUUUCUAUGUGAUACUACCCAGCACAUGUUCACCUAGGC